ACAAUAUUCCUGAAUUUACUAGCAAUUUAGUCGAAGUUUGUGAAGGUUGGAAUGCUCUUCAGUUUGCUAUGGAAAUAAAUAAUACUGAAGCUAUUAAAUGCCUUUUAAAGAAAAGUAAAUCGGCAUAUAGAGACAUCUCUAUUAAAAACAGUAAGGGUUUUAAUGUUCUUGGCCAGAUGAUAUAUGACAAUCAAAUAGAAACAUUAGAAUGGAUUUUGGAACAUAUUCCUGAAUUCGAAUAUGGAAUAGUUAAGAAAGCUCCAGCAAGUAAAUAUAUUCCGAUAAAAAAUAACAAGGGAUUCAAUUUCCUUGGUCAAAUUAUUUUUAAUAAUCAUUUAGAAAUAUUGAAAUGGGUUUUAGAUAAUAUUCCUGAAUUAAAAAAUGAAAUCGUUGAAGUUUGUGAUGGGUGGAAUGCUUUUCAAUUUGCCAUGAAUCUUAAUAAUUUUGAAGCUGCAAAACACCUUUUGGAAAAGACUUUUGUAUAUAGGAGUAUAACAAUUAAAGAUAUUUUUGGAUUUAAUAUUCUAUGCCAUGUUAUACAAUUUAAUAAUUUAGAGAUGUUACAAUGGAUUCUAGACAAUAUUCCUGAAUUUAUUAAUAACACAACAGUAGUUUCUGGGGAAUGGAAUGCUCUUCAAUUUGCUAUGGAUAUCAAUAAUCCCGAUGCAGAUAAUACAACUAUUAAGAAUAGUAGUGGAUUGAAUAUUCUUGGCUAUGUUAUAUACAAUAAUGAAUUAGAUUUGUUAGAAUGGAUUUUGGACAAUAUUCCUAAAUUUAUAACUGAGAUAAUUGAAGUUUGUGAAAAUCAAAAUGCGCUUGAAUUUGCAAUGAAUAUCAAUAAUCCAGUAGUUAUAAAAUAUCUUUUGAAGAAAGCUCAGGUGUACCAGGAUGCAAAAAUAAAAAAUAAUUUAGAACAGAAUGUUCUUGGGCAUGUUAUUUAUCAUAACCAAGUAGAAUUAUUGGAAUGGAUUUUAAUAAACAUUUCUGAAUUUAAAAAUAGUGUAGUCGAAGUUUGUAAAAAUUAUAAUGCACUUCAAUUUGCAAUGCAUCAAUUAAAUAUAGCUGCUAUAAAAUGUAUCUUAUAUAACUCUUACAAUUACAGAGAUACCUCAAUUAGAUAUAAAGAACUAAAUAUUCUUGGAUAUAUUAUUUAUCACAAUCUGUUAGAGGCGUUGCAAUGGAUUUUAGAAAAUAUUCCUGAAUUUAGAGAUGAAAUU